CAAACCUAACCCGGAAAUGAUUCGACCCGGAAGUUGUGGUGUUUUCACACACCACGCGUGAAGACGCCGUUCUCGACCAUUUGCAACAUGGCUGAAGCUGCUGCGUGUAACGUGGACGAGAUCCUCGCUCAGGCGGAGCGCGACGAGGCGGAGAAGCUCCGCAGCAUCGCCGUGGACAAAGAGCUGGAGCUGGACUUCGACUUGGGCAACCUGCUGGCCUGCGACAAGAACCGCGUGGACCGCCGCGACCUGAGCGCGGAGAACAAGGCCGACUUCUUGAUCUCGCUGGCCCGCGACAACACGCAGCUUCUCAUCAACGAGCUCUGGAAACUGCCCACCGAGAAGCUCCAGGAGGCCGUGGUGGUCAAACUCCCCGCCCCGACGACCCCCUUGCCCCGGGAGAAGCCCCCACCCAAGCCCCGACCACCGACCAAGUGGGAGCAGUUCGCCAAGAUGAAGGGCAUCCAGAAGAAGAAGAAGACCAACCUGGCGUGGGACGAGACGGCCAAAGAGUGGCGGCGGCGGUGGGGCUACAAGCGGGCCAAGGACGACACCAAGGAGUGGCUCAUCGAGGUCCCGGAGACCGCCGACCCCGGCGAGGACCAGUUCGCCAAGCGGGUCGCCGCCAAGAAGGAGCGCGUGGCCAAGAACGAGCUCAACCGGCUGCGGAACAUCGCCCGGGCGCAGAAGAUCAAGGUCCCCGGCGUGGGCCUGACUCCGGUGGCCAAGCAGUCCAAGGACGAGCUGGGCCGGGCGGUCAGCGUGGCGCGGACCUCCACGGCCUCGGUGGGGAAGUUCCAGGAGGGGCUGCCCAAGGAGAAGCCCGCCAAGGGAACCGGCAAGAAGCGCAAGUUCCAGCCGGUCGUGGGCGACUUCUCCACGGAGAAGGACAGGCAGCUGGAACUCAUCAAGACCAUGGCGAGCAAGAGGCCCAAGAUGGACAUCACCAAGGCCGUCAACAAGCAGAUGAGGGAGGAGGACCGAGAGCAGGCGGCAGCCAGGAACAGCAAGAGGCACAAGCAGGCCGGCAGGAAGGGACGCAGGGACAACGCGGCGGGCGGGAAGGGGAAAGGCAAGAAGGGCGCUCGGGGGAAACCUCAACGGGGAGGCGCUUCGCGGGGGAAGAAGUCCAAACCUGGGAAGCGAUGACUCGGGUGGGAGGUGGCGGGGAAAUGCUGGGACUCAUAAAUUAUCACACAUACACACACACAAAAAAAGCCUGGAAUGUUUCAUCAUCUGUGCAAAUAAACUUUUUUUCUAAUCAU